GUUGCAGGCUUAAGGAGGGUGAGUAAGGAUACAAGUACUGUAUUUACUUUUGACUUAGUGUGACUCAUCUUGUUGCAAUCUCUCUCAGCAAACGAUAUUCAUUACCAAAGAAGGAGGUGAGCUUGCACUGGGGAAUACUUAGCAUACAUAUGGAUAAUAUAGAUGACAUAUAAAUGUCACGUCAAACAUCUCCAUCCUAAAUACAUUUUCUGGACAGCACAAGACAUCCUCCUCUGAAUGCAUUUAAAUCGAUAUAUGUAAUGAAAAUAGCUUAGGCUACGCUAAGAGUUGCACGCCAUACUAAAACAUUGCAAACUUAUAUUGCGAUUGCUUGAUUCAUAUGCCUGAUCUCAAGGAGCAGCCUGUUGUUAAGCAGAAGCUCUUUCUUGAUGCUUUUGAAUUCUACAGUAUUGCUUCCAGUACCUCCAGUACUAACCAGUGAGAAGUUGAAAUCCUAACAGCUACAUCUUAUAAAUUCCUGGAUGAGGUCAUUGUUGAUAUUAACAUAGAGGUUUGGAUCAUAUCCUGCUGUGUUUUUUUCGUUUGAGCUCCACUUGCUUUUAAGGAGCGUCAACGGCGCGUCUGAUACCUCGGCUAAAAACUUACUGUUGGACGCAUCACCGUGGAGAGAGGAGGGUGCAUAUUUUACGCUUGGAGAUAGGGCCGAGGAGCUACUCUACUUCCACCAUGACUGAACGCUUUGACUGUUACUAUUGCCGUGACAACCUGCAUGGGAAGAAGUAUGUGAUGAAGGAUGAGAAGCACGUGUGUACAAAGUGCUUCGACAAGCUCUGUGCCAACACCUGCGCAGAAUGCCGUCGCCCCAUUGGGGCUGAUGCCAAGGAGCUGAACCAUAAGAACCGUCACUGGCACGAGGACUGCUUCCGCUGUGCCAAGUGCUACAAGCCCCUGGCUAACGAGCCCUUCGGCGCCAGGGACGACGGCAAAAUCAUGUGUGGCACGUGUGGCUCCCGCGAGGAUGGCAACCGGUGCCAGGCCUGCUACAAGGUGGUCAUGCCAGGCACCCAGAAUGUGGAGUAUAAGAACAAGGUGUGGCAUGAGGAGUGCUUCACCUGCUUCGAGUGCAAGCAACCAAUCCGCUCCCAGAGUUUCCUGAACAAGGGCGACGACAUAUUCUGUGGCCCGUGCCACGAGAAGAAAUUUGCCAAGAAAUGCUUCCACUGCAAGCAGCCCAUCACCUCAGGUGGUAUAAGCUACCAGGACCAGCCCUGGCACUCAGAGUGCUUUGUGUGUCGUACAUGCCGUAAGGGCCUGGCCGGAACGCGCUUCACCUCCCAUGAGGAGCAUGUCUACUGUGUGGACUGCUACAAGACCUCCGUGGCCAAGCAGUGCAACGGCUGCAAGAAUCCCAUCACAGGGUUUGGCCAUGGGACCAACGUGGUGAACUACGAGGGUCACUCCUGGCACGAGUACUGCUUCAAUUGCAAGAAAUGCUCCCUCUCCCUGGCCAACAAGCGCUUCGUCAUCAACGGAGAGGACAUCUACUGCCCUGACUGUGCUAAGAAGCUGUGAGCAUAGCCAGCAACGUGCCUUGUCUCAUUUAUGUUGGGGGCAGAACAUAAACGGGAUAAGCCAACUAACUCCAAUUAAGUGGCCAAUCAAGGUUUAAAAGAGAAAGUAUGUAUUAGGUUAAUCACCUGAAUGAAAUCUAACAGCAGUUGAAUAUGAAUCUUGUUCCACUGUUUUCUGUCAUUGUUGAAUACUAACACACCAAGUGGUUUGUUUUUCUUGGCCUACAAUAUGUAAUACUAACAAGCUUGGGUCAAAUUCAGAACUCUGCAUAAUCAUUGGGGAAUGCCCUUUUCAGUUCCUUACUGGAACAGUAAUAAUGGCUGUUACAGGCUUCUUGAAUCAUAUACUAGCUAAGUAAUCAGUCAUGGUUUCUCUGAAGUGAUGUGUUUGAAGAGUUGUUGACAGUUUUGCGUAUAGUGCUUCAAUAAUCAGUAUGGACAAACUAGGUCUUUGUAGGUGUCAAAGUGUAAUGCUCAGAGUCUAAAUCAUGUACUCAGCUUUUUGAAGUGAAGUUUAGGAUGUGAAUGCACAUUAUUGCUCAAUAAAGGUAAGCGCCAAAAUUGUGUUUAUUUCCCUCUGCUCGACAGAAAUGAAAGCCCUCUUAUUUUGCAAAACUUUAUUUAACAGUUCAUAUCCUCAGUACAUUUUAGAUAUAUUUACAAAUAUAAUUUGUGGACAGGGCUUGGGUUAGGGUCUGAAAAGCCUCCAGAAACCAAUUCAUAUUCACUGUAGCCCUGGUCAGGUAGAAUGAUUGUCAUGGCCAAGGUAAGGACAUGUGACGCGUUUUAUUAGUUAUUAUAGCAAUCUAAGGCACCAUUCUAGCCUACCGUCAUGAGAUCGCUAAGAACAGUUAGCUCCGUAUUCAAGCCCACCAAUGCAGAAAAGGGAUUAAAAUAAGUGUCCAAGUCCUGUUUAUUAGUAAUAUAUCAGGACUGCCAUGUAUUGGCGGUGUCUGACUGGAUGUGCCACUGCCAUUACCUAAGCACAUGUAGCGCUGACCACGGAACCACCAUGGGUUUCAUAUUGAACAUGUCUACGGCAAUACCCUGCACUUUGAAUAGAUGAAGGUUUAUCAAGUCAAGGAGGGAAGUUCAUAAAAAGCCUGGACGGGAAGAGAAAAUGUAUUUCCUUCAAGAAUACCAAACCCUCCCUCAGGACUAUACAGUGAAGUCACCCCAAUCUACAAAUGUAAUUCAUUUCAGAAAGCUUUUCAACCCUUUUAAAAAGUGGAAAACCUCCCACAGUGCAAAGCGUAUCAUAUUGUGAUGAAUAAUAAAAAGGUUUGCACAUGAAAACUAAAAACAGUUUCCCCUCUGACAGAGAUGCAUGUUAAAUGAUUAAGGGCUUGUUUGUUUAGUCAAAGUUACAUUCUUUAAGCCUAUAAGUCAAAGCUAAGCUCAUUGCCCACCAACUCUAGACAAUGUAUAAUAAAGCCAUUUCAGAGAAACCUUCUGGUUUAUUAGCACAACAAUCAGCCAACAGGCUUAUUAUGAGGCAAAAAAUAAGGUCCCCAAACCUCUGUUUGGACAAUUCAAGCAUAGGGAAUUAAAGCUUCUCGAUACAGCUUUAAAAAAAAUAAACGCACAAGACUGACCAAAUCACAUUGUUCCCGUCUCCAUCCUUCAGUGGUAGACUCCGUCACACUGCUGUUACAGAGGUGUGGGGCGCAGUGGUCAGAGUCCAUGUUAACUUUUCUAUUGCAACCUUCAAAAACACCAUCCCUGCAACCUUUCACACCAUGUUAAAAAGCCCUGAAACAUUAUCCCACUCCUCAGUCCACCCCUCAGUUGGGAACAAAUGCAAUUGUCUGAGGUGGUUGGGGGAUGAAAAGCAGAACCAUUCAGAGCAUCACAAAAAUGCCCUCAAUCAACAUACACACCCAUGUUCUCUGAACAGUAUGGGGACCCCAUGUGUUGUCCCCUAGGGCUUGUAGAGUACUAGAGAAGAGGGUUUCCUAUUAGCGCCCAGGGUAACUCCCCCCCCCCCCCCCCAAACAAACCUAAACUCGAUUCCACACAAACCCUUAGCCCCUAUCCCUUUGCACUUGAGGUGAUCUGCAAGUACUUGAUAGGUAUAAGCAAUAUAAUAGUGUCACCUUGUAGAAUUGGUUCCAGAUUGCUUACACCGAUCCAAUCUAGUGUCUAGAGGGUAGGGACUAGGGCUUGACUUGGAACAGUGCGUAGGGCAACAGCACUGACUACCCUGCCAAAGAGCAUGAGUCAAGCAGAACCCAAACUAAAAUACAGUAACAUGAGACAAUUAACAUCCAUUCCCACUACACCACCCCACCCACAUCGGCCUAACACUGAUUACACACACACACGGUACAAUAACACUUAAAUAUGGAAAUAUAUUUUCAUAAACAGACAGCCAAAUUAUACAUUAUAAAAAUAAUUGAAAUGUUUGUUUUUUUUGCCAGGAGAAAGUAUAAAAGCAUUAGCUAGUGUGUUGGAGAUCAUAGGGCCUUAGUAGAGAAGCAAUGGAAUUAGCUACACAGACUGCGUACAUCUACUGCCGGUUCAAAACUGCACUGAGAUGCCUGACAGAACUGUUGUUUCAGCCCUAUACUUUGGGCGUUGUAAGUGAGAACUUCAAACCAUUCAAGUUCAGUUUCUGGACUAGUACUGUACACACACACACACACACUUCAGAGAAAACUCUGAAGCAAUUCUAAAAUGAAGCUGAUGGACCUUGUCUGACUGCAAUUAACCAACAUACACAAGUUAAUCCGUUAUGGGCUAUAGUCAUUCAUAUGGUAAGAGUAUAGAUUCAUGCAGUCAUUGCUGGGGGUCAAGUUAUACCUCAGCGCUCAGGGUGCAAUUAAAUUAGAAUUUGACACGAGUUAGCUAACAAUUAAGUCUAUAUACACACACACAUACAUGUAAAACCGUAACGACAUGUCAAAAUAUUUGUAGGAUAAACCUAAAUUAACAGCAACAGUUAAACUUCACUGAACAAAUAUUCACAAAAUCACCAGCUUUUUGGGGAAUUCCUACAGCCUUCAGUUUGUAAAGACAAAGCAAUAGUCAAGAGUCAUUUCAUAAAACAAUCAGUUUGAUUUGUAGACAUAAGUGCCCCCUAGUGGCCCUAAGAAGAGUAGAAGUGAGGGAGGUGGGAGAAGGUGAGGGAGGUGGAGGGGCUCUGACCAGCCUUUCGGGGCACAGGGAGAGGGGUAAACCAUAGAAGAAUAGGAUCUAGAGAGUUUUAAGGCUGGAUCUAUGGAUGCUGGGAAAAGCAGCCUGCCAGACAAAUCCAGAAUUCUAGGUCAGAGUACAAUUUGGGUAGGAUGGGAUUACAGUUACAUAGUGCUGUUCACAGCUUGGGCACACAGUAGGUCCUAACCGGUUUGUGUAAGUGCUCCCUCAGUCUAUUCACUGGAGACGCACCCUUUAGGCAGACCCUGAGACUACAUUACCCAGCCCACUCCUCACCAAUCAAAAUGUGUUUGAUCACAUCUCAGCGGGGACUCAAGUUUCCUGACAUGAGAAGUAGUGAAGUCUUAACCAUCAUAUAGCAGAGUGCACGUGCAUCCUGGAAUAUUCUCAAACCAGAGUAACCCCCCCAAAAAUAGACAUGAGAUAAGUAAUUACAUAUUACAAAGCCCAAAUUUAUAAAUUACAUCACACCCCCUGCCCCACCAC